GCGCACGUGAGUCUUGGACAUCUCAUUCGAGUUGAAAUAAUGCAGAAGUCGAUCCUUUUUUUAUUAGCCAUUAUGGCAUUUUUCGAAACUAAUGUAAUCGCUCAACUGUCAGGAGACGAGAAUUGUGAGACAUUGCAAACAGAAAUUCACGUGUCUAAAGACGAGUAUGACGAUCUGGGACGUUUGAAAAGAACAUGCGGCGGUGACAUUAUGGUCACAAAAUGUGAGGGAUUUUGUAAUUCGCAGGUACAGCCAAGCGUCGUCUCCACCACAGGAUUUUUGAAGGAAUGUUUCUGCUGUCGCGAAAGUUAUCUAAAGGAGCGCGAUGUUUCCCUGGAUCAUUGCUAUGAUGCCGAUGGUGUUAAAUUAGACAGCGAAGAAGCUGGUUCCAUGGAAAUCAAGCUACGAGAGCCAGCCGAAUGCAAAUGCUACAAAUGCGGAGAUUUCGCAAGAUAGAACUUCAUACUUUGCUGACUUGGACUACAUGCUUAUACCAACAAUUGCCGUCUUUUGUUACAAUCCAAUAUUGUAUCAUUAUUGAUUAUAUAAUAUAAAACUUAUGACUUGAAAUACUCUGUUAAACGAAACCUUGCGCUUGUAUUUAAUAAUGCGAAUA